AUGGCGGAGUACAGCUCUCUGCUCAGCGACCUGUCUGAAAACAUCACCAACGAAGACUUGGAGCAGCUCAAGUCGGCCUGCAAGGAGGACAUCCCAGAGGACCAGAGCAACAACAUCACCUCCUCCAAGGAGUGGUUCAGCUACCUGGAGAAGAAUGACAAGCUGGCCCAAGAUAAUCUGUCGUACAUCGAGCACAUCUUCGAGAUUUCACGGCGGCCGGACCUGCUGACGAGGGUGAUCGAGUACCGCACCACCGUGCUCAAGAUCUCUGAGGAUGACGAGAUCGACACCAAGCUCACACGCAUCCCCUCAGCCAAGAAAUACAAAG